AAACCUUCAAAACUUGUUAAGCAAUAGCCAUCACUCUUUUUUAAAAAAGCAACAGCGCAAAAAGCGAAAUCCUCUUUUUCACCCUACUCUCUGAAAAUCUUUUCACCUUAGUCCCUAGACAGCUUCCAUCAUGUGUGGCGGUGCUAUAAUCUCCGACUUGAUAGGGCCGAUGACGGUGCGCCCGUCACGGCGGGUGACUGCCGAUUUUCUGUGGCCUGAUCUGAAGAACCGUAGCUCGUGCAAGUCCAGUGAGGUGAUCAAUCUGGACGAUGACUUCGAGGCUGGUUUUAAGGAGUUCAAGGAUGAAGAAUCCGACGAGGAAGAGGAACUGGAUGUGAAGCCUUACGUUUUCUCUGCCGCCCCUCCUCUGGCUGAGAGUCGCAGCCCUGGGAUAUCUCGUGUCUCUACAAUUACAAAAUCCAUGGAAUUCAGUGGGCAAGCUGAGAAAUCUGCUAAGAGGAAGAGAAAGAACGAGUAUCGCGGAAUCCGGCAGCGCCCAUGGGGAAAAUGGGCAGCCGAGAUUCGCGACCCGCGGAAAGGAGUCCGUGUGUGGUUAGGAACUUUUAAUACUGCAGAAGAAGCUGCCAGAGCUUAUGAUGCUGAAGCACGUAGAAUUCGUGGGAAGAAAGCUAAGGUGAAUUUCCCUGAAGAAACUCCACGGGCCUCUCCACGAGGUCUGGUGAAGGUCGACUCUCAUAAAUCACUUCCAAAGGCCAAUCUGAAGUCUGUCCAACCACAUCUGGACCAAAAUUUUUAUGGCUUGAACAAUCCUGAUCUGGAGUAUUACGGUAAUAUGGGAUUCUUUGAAGAGAAACCACCUACAAAUCAAUUUGGAUGUCAGGACACUUUCCCUGCCAAUGGAGAUGUUGGUGUCAAGUCUAUUUCUUCCUCCGGGAAUACCCCAAUGUAUUUCAAUUCAGAACAAGGAAGUAACUCUCUGGAUUGUACUGACUAUGGGUGGGGGGAAAAAGGUCCAAGGACUCCUGAAAUCUCAUCUGCCAUUUCAGCUUUGGAAGGUGAUGACAUGCUGUUCAUGGAAGAUGCUAACCCCAAGAAGAAGCUGAAGUCCAGCUCUGAGGAGGUGGUACCCGUUGCUCAACAGAAUUCUUCUAAUUCCCUGUCUGAUGAGCUUAUGGCUUUUGAUUCACAGAUGAAGCUCCUUCCGAUUUCUAGUCUUGAGGAGAGUUGGGAUGCUGGGCUUGAUAGCUUCCUUAAUGGAGACUCAACUCAAGAGGGAGCGAACUUAAUGGAUCUCUGGAACUUCGACGACCUCUCUUCCAUGCAGUUGCCUGAGGGAGUUUUCUAAACGAAUUUGGUCUGCAUGCUGGAUUUUGUAAAUAAAGCUACAUGUUAUGAUGGUCUGACAUGAAGAUGGGAGUACUAGAGAGCUUUAUGAGUUCUUCCUCAUUAUCUUUGAUAUAAGUUGGGUAUUAGAAUUACAUGGUUGCUUAGGUUCAUUUCUAUAUUUGAGUUGAGACUACUGAUGACUGUACGAUGGAAUCCUGAAACCAGAUAUAUGUAUUUACUUUGUUUCUACGUAGUCUUUGGUUUUCAACUAGAGGCCAUAAGUCUUUGAAUA